AUGUCACUGUCAAAAACAGCUGAUCUUGCUUUUGAGAUUAUGUUAUUUAAUGCAAUGUCGAACGUUCUAAAAAUAAGUUAACGAUGAAUAAAAUAUAAUAAAACAAACUACUGCGUAAAUAAUCAUCUUAUUAAUCAAUACUGGCGAAGAAUGUCUUCCAAGUUACCGAAAGCUACCUUGAGCUUGAAGCAGUUCAUGCUGCGUCAAGAAGUGAUAAAACUAUACAGAGAAGUCUUUCGAACCCUUAAAUUAGUUCAAGACGAAAGGACGAAGGCUGACCUCAGAGACUGGGCCCGAGCAGAUUUCAGAAAUAAUAUGCACCAUACAGACGAAAUAGCCAUAAAAGCUAUGUUGCAGCAUGGAAAGAAAUCCUUGAAUGACUUGAAAAAAUCAUUGGCUUUAAGUAAAAGUUGAAACAUGUAGAAUAUUAGUCACUGUUGAAUAUUUUUAAGUUUCGUGAUCUAGAUUUAUUUAAUAGUUAGACAAAAAAAAGUGCAAAUAAAAUAUUUUG